CGAGAGCGGCGUCCUAAAUCUUGUUAUCUUCUAUUCCGAACCAAAACCCUAAAUCUGCUACUGGAGAGCGUCAUCUCCAUCACCAAAGCAUCGAUCGAUCGAUCAGGCUAAUCCGUCAAGAAAAUGGGACAGAUUCAGUAUUCGGAGAAGUAUUUCGACGACAUCUAUGAGUACAGGCACGUCGUCCUUCCUCCGGAAGUAGCGAAGUUGCUCCCCAAGAAUCGCCUUCUUUCUGAGAACGAAUGGCGAGCGAUUGGCGUGCAGCAGAGCCGGGGAUGGGUUCACUAUGCUAUUCACCGCCCGGAGCCUCACAUCAUGCUUUUCCGGAGGCCGCUUAAUUACCAGCAGCAGCAGGAGAACCAGACAGCUGUCGCAGCAGCGCAGAUGCCUGCCAAGUGAUCUCUCUUGUUCUGCAUGAAUUUUCAAUCACUCUCUCUAUCUCUACCCCUCUGCCUAUAUGUCAUUUCAGGAUCAAAGUUAUCGUCUGGUAGUUUCUCAGCCGCUCAUUGUAGCCGUUCUAAGUUUGUUAAAAUGCUUGGCUGAGAAAACAAAAGUCAAAGAACAACAGCGUUGGUACUGUUAAACUCACAUAUAAAUUCUAUCUGCGGUCUUUGUUAACAGCUUUGUAAUCGGAGAAUUUGCUAUUUAUUUUUGUGUUUGUUGUUUUUUUA